AUGGCUACGAAAUUAUUGUUAACGCUAGCGAUAUGUCGCUUAAUUGUUACCGUGGGAUUUACUUUUAACCCAAAUGACCUUUUACGGCUCGGGCUCGAUGGUAAACUCAGCGCAGCUCCAGCCGAUUUACAAUCCGCUUCAGUGGAUUUUGGCGGAGUGUAUAGAGCCGAGCCGAUGGCGGUUCUUCACCCGGCUACAUCCGAGGAUGUAGCGAGGCUUGUAAAGGCCGCGUACGACUCGGCUCGUGGGUUCACCGUGUCGGCUAGAGGUCAUGGACAUUCUAUAAACGGUCAAGCCAUGACGAGAAAUGGCGUUGUGGUUCAAAUGAGCGGCGGCUUGAAAAAUAAGAUGUUGACUGUUUCUGAGAAAUUCAUGUACGCUGAUGUUUGGGGUGGAGAAUUAUGGAUUGAUGUGUUGACGUCCACGUUAGAAUAUGGUCUCGCACCGAAAUCAUGGACUGAUUAUUUGUACUUAACUGUGGGUGGUACUCUCUCUAAUGCUGGAAUUAGUGGUCAAGCUUUUAAUCAUGGCCCUCAAAUAAGCAAUGUCCAUGAACUCGAUGUUGUUACAGGUAAGGGUGAGCUAUUGACAUGUUCAGAAAAGGAAAAUUCUGAGCUGUUUCAAGCCGUUCUUGGUGGAUUAGGACAAUUUGGGAUCAUAACAAGAGCAAGAAUUGCACUUGAACAAGCUCCUCAAAGGGUGAGGUGGAUUCGAGUACUAUAUUCAAAUUUUUCAACAUUCACACAUGACCAAGAAUAUUUAAUAUCAUUGCAUGGAAAACCAUCUUCACAAAAAUUUGAUUAUGUUGAAGGAUUUGUUAUAGUUGAUGAAGGGUUAAUAAACAAUUGGAGAUCUUCAAUUUUCUCACCAAGUAACCCUGUCAAAGUUUCUUCUCUUAAAGCUGAAGGAGGUGUUUUAUAUUGCUUGGAAAUCACAAAAAAUUAUCACCUUACAAAUGCUGAUACCAUUGAUCAGGAGAUUGAAAUAUUAUUAAAAAAAUUAAAUUAUAUUCCAGCUUCGGAGUUCACAACGGACCUUCCUUACGUGGAUUUUUUGGACCGGGUUCACAAGGCCGAGUUAAAACUCCGGUCUAAAGGUUUAUGGGAAGUGCCACAUCCAUGGCUAAAUUUAUUUGUACCAAAAUCAAGAAUUGCUGAGUUUGAUAAAGGAGUAUUUAAGGGUAUUUUGGGAAACAAAACUAGUGGUCCAAUACUCAUAUACCCUAUGAACAAAAACAAAUGGGACGAUAGAAGUUCGGUAGUUACACCAGAAGAAGAUGUGUUUUACUUGGUCGCGUUUUUGAGGUCAGCAUUGGAGAGUGGUGAUGAGACGCAAACGUUGGAUUACCUAAGUAAUCAAAAUAAUGAAAUAUUGAAGUUUUGUGAGGAUGAAAGUAUAAAUGUGAAACAAUAUUUGCCUCAUUAUGACAAUCAAAGAGAAUGGAGGGACCAUUUUGGAGAAAAAUAUUGGACAAGAUUUCAACAAAGAAAAUUAGAGUUCGAUCCAAGGCAUAUAUUAGCAACCGGCCAAAGGAUUUUUAUGCCUUCUUUUAAUCCUAAUAUUGCUAAUUGGUGA